CCUUUCUACACAACAAAACAUAAUGAGAGGUGAAAUAAAAACAAAAAGGUGGUAGAUGCAUGAGCAACUACAAUUCCCCUCUUUCUAUCUCUCCAACUCUCUUUCUCUCUCUCUCUUCACUCUUUCUCUCUCUAUAAUAAUAUACAUAUAUAGAUAUAUCUAUAUCUCAACUUUCUCUCUCCAACCUCACCACCUUGCCUUUGUAAUCCUCUUCACUACCAUCCAGAUCAAAACCCCUGUUGAUUUCGUGACCUUUCUUGGUUUUUGCGCUGUUUUCACCACCUUCGCAGUCGCAGGUAUCUACAACACAAAGACUCUAACUUCGUUUACAAUGUCUGUACUUCGCUGCGCCCCCACCACUCUGUUCUACCUACAAACCCAAAAUUAGGGGCUUUCUUCAAAAUCGUUCAUCCACGUUAAUUUGUGUAGAUGAUAUGAUCGUUUCUUUUCUUCAAGUUUUAGUUAAUUAAUCUGUUUUGCUUUGUGGGUUUUUUCUUGAUUGAUUGGUAAGUAGGGGUUAAGACUUCGUUUUUGUUGGGCCUUCGUCCAUAAAAGGUGGUAGGUUGGUGGGUUGACUUAUUUUUAUGAACACAAAUGAAGCUUUUUUCCUGAUUUUUUUUCCCUCGAUCGAGAUUCUCUUUCUAUUUGGCAGGAUGUUUGUUCUAUUUGAGGUUAUAAUUUCUUGUGGGGUUCCACGUUUUUGGGUUUUCUUGAUUUAAGUUGGUCUGUUCAACUUUGGAAAUUCAAACAUUUUCCCCAUCUGGGGUUCGAAUUAUGAGCAAGAUUACGAGGUUUUGUCACCUUUUGUCCCAUGUUCUUGUAAUUAUUUUGGUGAUUCAAAAUCACCCAUGAAGUGGGGUUGACUCGAUAUUUCUCCCAUGUCCUUUCCUGUACAUUUGAAAUCGACCUUUGGGUGUUCGAUUAAAUGCUUCAAGUGCUUUCAUAGUAUAGAUCCUUAAACCCAUUCCUCUAACCCCUUUGUUGUCCUGCUUUUGGAAUUGUGAUAGGAAGCUAUGGUGAGCAUUCGUCGACAAAGAUUGAUCAAGCUUUAUGGGCGAAGUCCUUCUCUAGAUUUGAUAUCAUCAUUUGAAAAUGGACAUUCUCCUGGUGGUGGUUGGGUCCAACAUGGCAGACAGGUCAGCAUGCAUCCAACACCUUUGGUUGACCGAUCUACAGAGCAGGAGAAAACAAAGUGUGAAGAACCUGAAUCCUUAAAUGUUAAUGAAUCAAGCUCAUCUAAUAAGCAGCCACCAUUUCAGCUUCCAGUGUUCAAAAGGCGAAAAAGACACAGAAGAAAGCAUUUUGAGAAUCAAGAACCUUGCAUAAUGAGAGGGGUGUAUUACAAAAACAUGAAAUGGCAAGCUGCCAUUAAAGUGGACAAAAAACAGAUCCAUUUAGGCACAGUUGGCUCCCAAGAAGAAGCUGCUCGUUUGUAUGACAGGGCUGCUUUCAUGUGUGGUAGAGAACCAAAUUUUGAGCUUACAGUAGAGGAGAAGGACGAACUCAGUAAACUGAGUUGGGAUGAGUUCUUAACUGUGACUCGGUCUGCAAUCAACAGCAAAAAACAUCAAAGAAGGGUGAGUUCGCGAAUGAAAUUUGAGCAUCCAUCACAGAACAAAGAUGAUGAUCAGAAAGCUGAGGAGGAUCAAGGAGGAAACAGCUUCUCAGCAUCCGAUGAUGCAGAGACAUCAGCAUCUUGAAGUUGAUGAUGAUUUUUAUUUUAUUUAUCAAUUAUUUAAUCUUUAGCCAUUUUUAGCAAUUUUUUGGUGAUAAAUCUAAUGCAUAUCUUAGGAGUAUGCCCUAAAUACAACUGUUGUAGUGUGUAAUCAUAGAGCCAAUGGUGCCUUUACAAUUGAUUUUGAUUGUUUAUAUGGGACAGUAAGUAAG